AUGGUCGCCACCAGUGGUCAUAUGAUGACCAAGCACGAGAUACGCGAACGCCAACUCGAUGCGGCAAAACGUUGGCAGACUAGUGGCCUCCAGAACGUAAAGAGCAAUGGUGUGCAGAAUAUCACAUUCACGAAUCCCAAAGCCUCAGAAUUUUACGUCGAUGGCAGAUCCCUUCCACUUGUUGACUUCGAUGUUGGUCCUAGCUGGGCAGGUCUUCUACCCAUCAGCAACAGUCCUAACGAGACACGUCAGCUCUUUUUUUGGUUUUUCCCUCCCGGCCCCCAAGGGAGUCUUGAUGAUUUAAUUUUUUGGACGAAUGGUGGCCCUGGCUGCUCCUCCCUAGAAGGUUUGCUGCAAGAGAACGGUGUGUUUGAAGCCUUUCAGUUGGGCCGGGGUCAGGCCAAACCAACGGUGAAUCAAUGGAGCUGGACCAACCUGUCCUCCGUCCUUUGGGUGGAGCAACCUGUUGGCACGGGAUUUUCCCAAGGCAUACCAAAUGCACGGAAUGAGGACGAUGUCGCUGCUCAACUCGUCGGCUUCAUGCAGCAGUUCCUUGAUGUCUUUUCGGAACUCAAAGGCAAAAAGCUGUACUUAACGGGUGAAAGUUACGCUGGAACAUACGUGCCUUGUGAGCCAGCAGUCAUCCUCUUUGAACAUAAUUCUAAGACUAACAAAGAUAUCGCAAACUAUAUCUACGAGAACUCAACUCAAUUAGACCUCUCGUUGCAGGGGAUAUGGAUCAAUGAUCCCUAUAUCUCGUGGUGGGUGGUGCAACAGCAGAUCCCUGCAGUGGACUUCGUGAAAAGACACACUAGUCUCUUCUCUUUUAAGUCUUUUGCGGGUUACCCACCGAUAGGAUCCAGUCAGACGUUUAUGAACCACCUCGAGAAGAAGGCUGCGACGUGCAAUUAUACUGGCUACAUGGAUAAGCAUGUCACAUACCCUCCAGCAGGUCUUCUUCCCCUACCAGGAGACUCUGUCUAUUUUGCCGAAGGCUGCAAUAUCUGGGAUGACAUUUACAAUAAUGCGCUGAUCAUUAACCCCGCCUUCAAUAUCUAUCACAUCUGGGACACCUAUCCAACUGUAUGGGAUGUCCUAGGUUUACUAUCCAGGGAGCAAGAGUCUCCGAUCUACUUCAACCGAAUGAAUGUAAAAGUGGCUAUCCACGCGCCCGUUGACACAGAGUGGUCGGAAUGCUCAAGUAUUCAUGUCUUCCCCAACAGAGACAGCAGCUUGCGGCCUGCCUUCUCUGUGUUACCGAAUGUUAUCGAGAAGAACCAGCGGACCGUUAUCGUGCACGGUCUCGCGGACUUCAUUCUCAUUGCUGACGGAACCAGAAUUGCCAUUCAAAACAUGACCUGGGAUGGUUUACAAGGAUUCCAGACGCCUAUCGCUAACGACAGUUUCAUUGUUGAUGGCGUGGGUGCCUACGGGACAAUGCACUCAGAGUGGGGACUCACUUAUUACGAAGUAGCCUUGAGUGGACACAUGGUUCCGCAGUUUGCGCCAGUACCUGAGAGGUUGGACGAGUGCCACCAUCUUGCCGGCCCUGAAUCAAAGUCGCGCGUGAGACUCGUGUUUGCCCCUGUCACGAGAGCUCAAGCGCUCACUGCGCUCGUUCUUGUAUCACCUUGGACACAGUCGCGCCCAACGAAGUCCGCCAUCGAUGGACGUAAGACAACAACCUCAAGGGCUUCUGUACCAGUCGUGGAGGAAAUGCAGGAUCUGGCAGACUUAUACGAUUUCACUAGAACAAUCCCUUGCGGUCGUGUCACGACGUACAAGGACAUCUGCGUUGCUCUUGGGCAGGGUUCGCCGCGAUCAGUUGGUUCUGCACUUCGAAACAACCCAUUUGCACCAUUUGUGCCUUGUCAUCGCAUCAUCGCAUCGAAUCUGUACAUUGGUGGAUUCUCCGGCGAGUGGGGCACUGGCGCGAAUGCAAGGGGUGGACAGAAGAACACUGGGUCACAGUGCAAUAGAAAGAUGGAGAUGCUUGCAAAGGAGGGGGUUACGUUCUCCGUGGAAGGAUAUCUUGCUGACGAAUCUCUGCUCUGGAUCGGGAGAGACUGA